UUUUAAUUAUUUACACAGUUUUUGAGAAUUGUUGUAAACUUUGUAAAUUAUUGUAAAUUGUGGUUAAAAUUUAAAAUAGUGUAAAACAAAUGCCAGUUUUAAUUUUCUUCACAAAUAUAUUUUUUAAUUAUCAUUAAUUUAUCUUCAAUUCAUUCUUAUUUUAUCUUUGUUUUUGUAAAUUAUGUGAUUGUUGUGAAUAAUCUGUUUUUAAAAAGUAAUUUUAUUUAAAAAUGCGAAUAUUUACGGUUACAUAAUGAGUAGGAGGGGAAACCCUGAUCCUAAUUACCCUUAUAUGAGUUCUCAGAAUCCUGGGAGCCAGGUUCAAUCACAUCGGUACGCUCGCCCUGUUAGGCAGUCACCUACACAAAAUCAACCGGAAGGUCUUAAACCUGGAUUCCAAAAUCUUGACACUAAAAGUCAGGAACCGCGUGAUCAUAUUCCCAAUCUGAAGCGUGAAUAUGGUUCUCAAUCUUCCAAUUUUUCCACUAUUCCUGAGCCUAAGGAGCUUAGGAACAAAUUCAACGACAGGCCUCCCAAAAUCAAUUCGGAACAUGUUGACUCAAUUCUUAAUCAGAAUUUCUCCAUUUUAACAACUAUAAAUGAUUCAGAUUCGCUUGAUGAUUCAGAAAUCAUGUCGUUAGUUCUAAUCUCAACUGAACAUCACAAGACUUCAUCAGAAUUUAAUGUUUCUUGCACGAAUCUCUGAUCAACAAAAUUAACAAAAACUAAUAUAC